AUGACGGUGGAGAUUGAGAAAUUAGAUUAUCAUCACUACUUGCCUCUGUUCUUUGAUGGUCUUUGUGAAAUGGUACAUCCCUAUGAAUUUUUCGCACGUCAGGGAGUCCAUGACAUGCUAGAGCACGGAGGACCAAAGAUUCUGCCUGUCAUUCCUCAGCUCAUUAUACCCAUAAAAAAUGCCUUGAACACUCGUAACCGGCAAGUCAUCUGCACCACCCUCAAAGUUCUGCAGCAUCUGGUUGUUUCAUCUGAAAUGGUGGGCGAAGCCCUUGUCCCUUACUAUCGCCAAAUUCUUCCCAUUCUCAACAUCUUCAAGAAUAUAAAUGUAAAUUCCGGAGAUGGAAUUGACUACAGCCAGCAAAAACGUGAAAACAUCGGCGACCUGAUUCAAGAAACACUGGAAGAUUUUGAGCGCUAUGGAGGAGAAGAUGCUUUUAUUAAUAUAAAAUAUAUGGUCCCUACCUAUGAAUCCUGUCUGCUGAACUAAACAAAAUAGGAUUAUUGAUUGAUAAUAAAGGCUGUGUGCUUCAAAAAUUGUAUAUCCAU